AUGUCUCUCAGUCAAGCGAACACGAGCCUUGCACGCACCAAGCCGCUCCGCAACCCGAUCAAGUCGUCCCUGACCGCGACCCAGCCGAGCUCGGCAACAGGCAACGCCAUUCCGAGCACAGCGUCACACGUCUCGCUGUUCCUGACCAACCUCCGUCUCCUCGACCUCGACCAGGAGCCCGACUGGCCCGAGAUAACCCCUGCCACCUUCUCCGCCAGAGACGCCGCUGGCGGCCAGAAGAAACGCAUCCAAUGCGUCGAAUGGGCCCUUUACAACCUCUUUUUGCUCUGGGACGAGGCCGAGGUGCGCAACAAGCUGAAACCCUUCUACCCGCCACUUGACCAGGUCCAGUCGGUCAAUCUGAGGGCCGCCCUGCUGCGAGGCCUUGAGCAGGCGAAGCGCAAUGGCGUCCUGGGUCGGGAUGCCGUGAUCCGCAAGACCAUGCUCGACGAGUGCAAAGGGGAGCGCUUCGAGGAGGUCUUGGCUGUCUUUUCCUCUGCAGUUCUGAAGAAGCUGGUGGCCGAGAGGGCCCUCAACUCCGGUUUCGAGUACCGCCCUACCAUAUCCGAGAAGAUCUCGCUGGAGAACUGGGGGUAUUCCGGCGAGCGAACCGAGCUCAAUGGCCUACUCCUUGCGCACAAGGCCUCCUUGGGUUCGACUUUGGCGGACAAGAACGCGGCGCGUGAGCGGUACCGGGAUUUUGCAGAUUUAUUGGCCUUGAAGCAGCGGGGUCUGGCAAGGAGAAGAGAGCAGGCCAAGGCUGCCAAGGAACAAGCUGGUGCCACCGCUGUUCCGGAGCACACCAAGAAGCAGACACGCCAGAUUCUGAGGGCCAAUUGGACCGGAAAUGAACAAUGGAUCGACACCAUACUCUACGAUGAAAUGACAUCUCGUCAGGGUGGGCUUCUGGCUUCGAAUUUUGAUCACGUUUGGAGUGGCGUCCGGGAGGGCAGGCUGUCCGAUCUGGAGGACAAGACUUCUGGUCUCCUGGAGCAGCUUGACCAGAGAGUCAGGCUUCAGCGCUCAAGACUGGAGAAAUGGCAAGGUUUCCGCCGGAAACUCUUUGGCGACGAAGCAUCCGCCCCUAUGCCGCCGACCUCUCAGCCGAGGGACCAGAUACAGGGUGUUGAUCUUGGAUUCACCGCCCACCGACAGCUGCAACCGGAACUAGGAAUUGAAGGCGGCACUGUACUAAAACCUCCUCACCCUCCUCCCGAAUACGAGCAACUGCUCGAGUCGAUGAGGAUCGAGCUUCAAAGCACUGAGAGACCCCGUGUACUAGAUCUGUCCAAAUUGCGGAGAACACGAGCCGCUGAGUACGAUCAUCUUAGCCUGGCACCGCCCAGCACAGCUGUUGAGCAGAUUUCUGACCUGAGCGAAUGGGAAGACGAGCAGGAAGAAGAACAAGACCCUGCCCCAAAGACAGCAAGUGUUCCCUCAAACAAGGCUGUCAAGGGCUCCAGUAGUCAAUUGACUCGAGAUCGAGCAUUGAGGAGGCCCGUCAUUCGGCAAACAACGUCCGCUGAGAGUAGUACCAGUGUGGAGGGAUCAAGUUCACUCCGAAAGGGCAGACAUCAGAGGUCUGAGUCCAAGAAGUUGCAGAUGAACUUGAAAUCAGAGCCUGGCCCCGUGGUCAGGCAGGAGUCGCCUAUGCCUCACAUCAAAACCCCUGACAUGGCAUCCUCUCCUGAGCUGGAAGCUGCAUUGCAAUCCGACAAGGAGUUGGAGGUCGGAUCUACGCAGCCAGAACCAAGGCCCAUCUCACCCACCCAGGCAAUGGCUGAUCAGAUACUUGCUUCAAUGUCCAAUGCGUCUCCGUCACCAAUCAAAAAGUCGCGGCACACUUUAUCCCUGGCGGAGCGGACUCGGAUGUCCAUGACGAGGACCAAGUCCUUUGACCCGGAGGACGAUCUAGACUUGAAUCUGCUCUCACCAUCGACGGCUAAAAGCCUCAAGGCCGGCAGCAUCUCAGCACCGGCCAACGUGGAACCCAGCUCGGGCGAAGCAUAUGAAGACCUCAUUGCUCGCACGCGCCGGUCCAUGGCGGGUUUUGAGGCUGCGAAGCAGAAGGCACAACUAGACAGGAGACGCUCGGAGAGGAAAAGCAAGAUGCCACAGAAAAAGGACAGCUAUUUCCCAAAGCUGGCGGAAGAAGACGAGACGGUUGAUGCCUCGAUCAUAGACGAAUUGUUGGAGGCGCCGCAGGAAGAUAUGGAAGCCGUGUUCAAGAGUCGGCCUAGGAUGAGAACAAGUCCAGUUCCAAGUCCCGGGGGAAGAUGGGAUGAGGAAGGCUAUGAGUCCUAG